AUGAAGAGGAAACCACAGCUAUGGAUGGAGAACAACCCAAAACGUCCCAAUCUGCUCCUAAGGCCAAAUCUGAUUCUCAGGAACCCCAAUCCAUUUCAAUUGCAUAAAAGAGAUGACAAAUUUGUGCCAUCGCAUCUUCAUCAAGAUAGAUACAUCCCACCUCCUCCAUAUAUUCCACCGAUUCCAUUUCCAGGCCGUUUGAAGAAGGCAAAUCAAGAUAAGGCUUUUAAAGAGAUUUAUGAUAUUUUGAGUAAAGUUAAUAUCAAUUUGCCCUUGCUUGAUGUUGUUAAACAGAUUCCUGCAUAUGGAAAGUUCAUCAAGCACUUGAUGACUCACAAGCUUAAUUUUGCUCCAAGUGAAGAAGUAAAGCUCAACAAGAAUGUGAGUGCUGUGUUGCAAAGGAAGCUUCCACCAAAACUAGAAGAUCCUGGCAGCUUUGACAUUCCCAUUAACAUCGGAGAUAAGACGGUUGGAAGAGCCAUGUUGGACUUGGGAGCAAGCAUCAAUGUAAUGCCAUAUUCAGUUUAUCAGGAGCUUGGCUUAGAAGGGAUAAAGAAAACCUCAAUUCGUCUUGAACUAGCUGAUCAUUCUAUCAAAUAUCCUAAAGGUAUUGUAGAAGAUAUUUUAGUUCAAGUUAAUACACUCAUUCUUCCGGCUGAUUUUGUAGUGAUGGAUAUGGAGGAUAACCCAUAUGGAAACCGCGUUGAUCCCAUUCUCCUCGGGCGACCAUUCAUGGCCACUGCAGACACAAUCAUCAAAGUGAAAGAUGGCACCCUCUCCAUGACUGUUUUGGGUGAAACUGUUGAAUUUAAAGUGUUUGAUGCUCUCUCUCAACCUUCUAUCACUCUUGAUACUUGUUUUUCAAUUGAUGUUGUGGAUCAUGAGGUUUCUUCUAAAAUUAUGCAGAAAAAGUCUAAUGAUGCUCUAGAAGCGGUCCUAACACAAGAAGAGGAAGAUCUCUAUGAAUCAGAGUUCCAAGAGGUGAUGGCUGCCUUAGAAGUGUUUCAGCCAUACCCACCAUCCUUUAGGCCACCGCUCGAGCCUCUUGGACCAUCCUCCACAAAAUUGGAGCCAUCCAUUAUUACCCCACCAAAGCUAGAACUUAAACCUCUACCCAAUCAUCUUAAACAUACUUAUUUGGGUGCUAAUGAAACUCUCCCUGUUAUAAUUGCUGCAGGUCUCACCUCACAUGAAGAGGACAGCUUAAUUGAAGUUCUGAAAGAGCAUAAAACAGCCCUUGGAUGGACCAUAGCAGACAUCAAAGGAAUUAGUCCAAGCAUGUGCAUGCACCGAAUUUUAAUGGAAGAAGACAGCAAACCAUCUCGUGAUGCACAAAGAAGGCUAAAUCCCAACAUGAAAGAGGUGGUUAGGGCUGAAGUUUUAAAGCUACUUGAUGUGGGAAUCAUCUACCCAAUUUCAGAUUCUAAGUGGGUGAGUCCUGUGCAAGUUGUUCCAAAGAAGUCCGGAAUCACCGUUGUAAAGAAUGAGAAGAAUGAGCUAGUUCCAACACGAACUAUCACUGGUUGGAGAGUUUGCAUCGAUUACAGGAAGUUAAACACAUCCACAAGGUAUAAUCAAAUUCCCAUUGCUCCGGAAGACCAGGAGAAAACCACGUUCACAUGCCCAUUCGGUACAUUUGCUUAUAGAAGGAUGCCAUUUGGUUUGUGCAAUGCUCCAGCAACUUUCCAAAGAUGCAUGAUGGCAAUCUUUUCUGAUAUGGUGGAACGAUUCAUGGAGGUAUUUAUGGAUGAUUUUUCAGUUUUUGGUUCAUCUUUUGAUGAUUGUCUUCACCACUUGUCUCUAGUGCUUAAAAGAUGUCAGGAAACAAAUCUGAUUUUGAAUUGGGAGAAGUGUCACUUCAUGGUAAGACAAGGAAUUGUGCUAGGCCAUGUUGUUUCAAGCAAGGGAAUUGAAGUGGACAAAGCCAAGAUAAAUAUCAUCUCAAAUCUACCACCCCCUUCCUCUGUUAAAAGAGUUAGAAGCUUUCUGGGCCAUGCCGGAUUCUAUAGAAGGUUCAUCAAAAAUUUUUUCGAGCAUUUCAAGACCAUUGUGUAA